AGUAUCAAGUAGCAGAUAGAAUAAUUAAACAUAAUCCGAGUUAGCAGUUGCGUGUUUGUCAAUUGGAUGAUUAAUACCUAAUAUCUACAUGUGUGUCUAUUGUUAUUCUACCAUUCUACAAGUAAAGCUCGAUAUCAACAGACUCAUCAAAAAUAAUUUUCCUGGCACUUUUCAAGCAGAAUACUCAAUUUUCAUUUUAAAAAGCGACAAAGUAAGCUUUAAAAUGGCGUCAUUGAAUAUAUUUCGUUCUCAACUCAUCGCUGUGUUUUUGGCUACAAUAUUCACAGUUGCCAAUGCGGGGUUUGGUCCGUCCGCCGAUGGUAUCUGGACUGAUGCUGAUCUAGUCGCAUACAGCGUGGUAGUGGGUGUGGCUGGGGCAAUCUUUCUGGUGUCAAUCAUGCUUUACUGUCAAUUACAAUAUUUUAUUCGAGUUGGCAAGAUUGAGGAGGAGGCCCAGACUCAGGCUCGUCAAGCCGUAGCUAAAAAGGAAGCCGAGACGAAGGCCCAACUCGUCGCUGCCCAGAAACAGAAAGCUAGGCAGGACAUUGCUGCACAAAAAGCCAAGCAGAAAACAAGAUAAGAUGGUUCUUAAGAAAAUGAACAUUGGACAUGAGAUGGCAAUGGAGAAUGGGAGUGGUUGAGAUGUGUGGAGCAACAUUGAUGGACUAGUAAUAAGUAAAUGUCUUUAACUUUAAUCAAUGCAAUUUGAAAUCAACGGAGACAAUGGUAGAAUAUACACGUCCCAUCAAUAGUCAUGAUAAUAUCAGGUCAAGCGUACUGGACUUCGAUGAACAUGAUGGAUUGAUAGAGAGAGAAAAAACACGUCAAUUUGAGACCGGUUUUCUAAAGCUGAUAGUAUCGUCUCAUGCCAAUUGAAAAAAUAAUAACAAGCAAACAAAGAAAUAAACAAUUACAAAAGACAAAUACAAAACCAAUUUGCAGCCAAUAUGCUCCUCACCUAUUAAGACUAUAUUGUUAUUUUGUAAUUCAGUUCUGUUUAGGUCUGUUGCAUCUUAAGGCUAUUCAUGACAGUUCUGCUAUUGAUAAAGAGUGAUAUUUAAUAUAUUAUUUGGAGUUGUGUUCAUCAGAUAAUUGAUAUCUGUACUACAUGGAAAUAAGUUCAGGGUAAGUUUUUGAAGGAUGUCUCGCGGGCAAAGUGGGCUCUUUCGACACAAAGGCUCCCCAGCAUGAUCAAGGCCUGGGAACAAUUUUUACUGGGGAUGCUGACGUAAAUUUGAAAAAAAAUCUACAAAAUGAGGGUCAUUUGGGUUACAUUUAUCAAUUUUGUCACAUCUUCCAUAAUUGAAAGGGGUACUGCCCAGGGAAUGGAGAACAAUACACGCAACAUCUCCAGGAAAUUCUUUGAGGUGCUUCAUCAGUACCCCAAGCAUCCCCGCUUCCCAGAGCCAUAGACAUGGUGUAUCUGUAAUUAAAAUACAUUGACAUUCAUAAUGAUUUUUUUGUAUUGUUUUACAUAAUUCAGAAUACAGGAAUAAAAUAAGAAAAAGAAUUCUACUUGUAUUCAAAGGGAAUAUAUAUUGAAUUAACGUUGACAUCGAGAUGGUUCAAUUACAGGCAAUAGGCGAGAUGAAUUCAUUACUUUAGAAUUUUGAUAUACUGUUGUAUACAUGGACAAAUUCUUUAUCGUAUAUAUCAAAGAUCACACUCUAAAUAUAUUGCUUUACGCUCUACAUGCUCACAAGUGAACAUCUCGAUCGAAAUGUUAUUAUCGAUUCGUUAAGUUUACGAUUUACUUUGGUUGUUACAUUUCAGGCCAUAUUAGGAAUAACUAGUAUUGUCAAAAGUGCCAUUUCAUAACUAAAACAAAUAUAUAUAUACUCAUAUUAAGAAAUAACUUAUUGACCAAAAUCCAACAUUUGUAAACAGGCGAAAGAAGAAAAAUAUAUAGAUUCCAGAAUUGUACAAUUUUCUUUACGUUUCUGCACCAUAUACCGUAAGGGCAGUAGGCUGUAUAAUAUAAAUACUAUAGACAUAAUAGAUAACAAAUUGAUGUGCGAUUCUAUAUAUAAAAUUUAUCUUUUGUUUUAUCAAAAGAUUUAUAAAAAGUUUGCUUUAUUAAAUCAAAAGCACAAACCACAUUUAGGAACAAUAUGUUACGUCAAAAAUACUGGGUUAAGCAAAUACUGUGACAUAGUAGUUUAUUUAGGCAUUCCUCUCCUAUGGUUAUUAGAAACAUUUUAGUCUCAAAUGGACUCCAUUUCUAAUAUUGUCUGCAAUAUUAUUAUUACUUUAAAGGAAUAGCAAAAAAUGUUGUAUUUCGUUUAGGAGUAAAUUUAUGAAAGUUUUCUCUGGACGAAUGGAUAAAUGAUGGUAUUUCCCCCUGAUGUGUUGAAAAUAUAAUGUUCUAAAAGCUUUUUUUUCAAAUAAGAGUUAAUAUUGUAGAUAUUGUGCAGAAAUUGAUUGAUAGAUAUAUCAUGUAUAUUUGGUAACAGUCUUAUCAUUGAAUCGAAUGACUAAAGAAUAACCGAAUAAAUGUCUUAAAUAUAAAUACCAUGA